UCAGCUAAGGAUUCGUAGCAAACUGUGUCAAACAACUAUUAUUUAAAAUAGAAAUUAAAGUUGCUGGAAAUGUGCUCGGCGAGUCAGUUUUUCCAGGCAAAAACAUUUUUCCGCUGUCUAUCAUUACGAACCGCUUGCAUUGUCAUAGCGCUCUUCUCUGAUCUUUUGGGAACCGAGUCUCUCGCGUUUUUCUUUGGGUUACUAAUUAACGGCUCCAACAAUAAUACGAUUGAAGAAAUUUUAGAUGUAUUUUGGGGAGUGCUACAUUUUGUGGCUGCUAAUUGUUUGUCAUUGUCUCUUCUCAUGAAAUCCGCAACUCCCAUUCUGGUCUAUAUUGUGACUGAAGCUUUGUUUUUGGCAUUUACAAUCAUCUAUGUCCCCCUGAGCACUGCAAUGGGUAGCAAUAGGCAAGUAACUAGGCAUCCUGAACACUGUGUUCUGUACUGGAUUUUCGUAUGCAUGACAGUGGUUUUAUUACCCUAUUUCCUAUACAUAACAAUUUCUGUUUAUUUGGAUAAAAGACAAAGGCUCAGGGAAAAUCCUCAGCCGGAUUAAAAAUAAAU